AUGAUAGAUGGACAUAGUAGUAGGAAUGGGGGCAACGACAGCAGUGGUAGUAAUGGAGGUGGUGGUUGCAGUGGAGGAAGUGAUGGUGGUGCUAAUAGUGGGAUGUGUUGGUUGAGUUGGAGUUAUGUUAGUGUCGACAAUGAUAACAAUGAUGGUGGUAAUGAUAGUUGUGGUUGUGAUGGCAAUGGUGGUAGUUGUGGUAAUGGUGGUGGUGAUGGUGUUGGCGAUAACAGCAUCGAUGGUGGUAGUAGUGGUGGUGGCAAUGGCGGCAGUGCGGUGAUGGUAGUGAUGGUGGUGACAAUGAUGGUAGUGAUGACAGUGGUGGAGGUUGUGGUUAUGGCGGUGGUGGUGGUGGUGACAAAAAUGAUGGUUGCAAUGACGAUGAUGGUGUAA